UACGAACUUGCAUUCGCAGCUUCCAACGUUCGUUACCGCAUGCCCACCAUGACCCGAUUACGAGGCUCGAGCGCGCUUUGCUACCUCUUCUUGUCGCUGUUCGCGCUGCAAUCGUACGCGCUGCACUUCUACAUGAAGGGCGGCACCCCGAAAUGCUUCGUCGAGGAAUUGCCCAAGGACACCUUGGUCGUUGGACACUACACGGUCACUCAGUAUGAGCAGAGCACCAACAGCUUUCACCCGGACAACGCUCUUGGUCUGUUCAUCACCGUCGACGAGACGUUUGACAACAACCAUCGCAUUGUCUCACAGAAGGGCGCCGGCAAGGGUCGCUUCACAUUCAGCGCCGCCGAUUCUGGCGAGCACCGGCUGUGCUUCGCACCGACCAACUGGCACUCGGCCGGCUCGUACGUGGUUGGCGGCCAGGAGGUGGGCACAAUCAAGAUCGAGCUCGACAUGGCGAUUGGAGAGACGAGUGCGAUCGAAAGCACCGACAAGGGCACGAUGGAGGACCUCGUCAGCAAGGUGAAGGACUUGAACGGCAGACUGAACGACAUUCGAAGGGAGCAGGUUUUCCAGCGGGAGCGCGAGGCCGAGUUCAGGGACCAGUCGGAGGCGACGAACGCAAAGAUUGUGAGAUACACUCUUAUCCAGCUAGCAGUCUUGGGCGUGACUUGCGCGUGGCAGCUGAGCCAUCUGAGGAGCUUCUUCAUCAAGCAGAAGCUCACCUAAGGGAGAAGAGAAAAAAAAAACCAAGAUUGAGAGGCUUAUGGUGUUCCUCAAAAGGGUUGGCUAGUUGCAUGCGUGUAUGAUUAAUCUAUGACGACGUGUAGGGCGCGUGGUGUUUGUCUCUGGGCUCCGGAAAAUAUGGGCAGCAUAGCAGGCAUUCAGCGGCGUUUCAGCAGCAGAGUUAACAACCAAGCUUUCGUGUUGCAUCGAGUUGAAAUACUCAGAUCCGAUUGCCGAAGCAUAAUUUGCCAAAUGCGAUGUUCAAGGCCAUUGUCAUAUGUUCUUCAAAAUGAACGACUUAUGCCCAAAUCUAGUAGAAUAAUCUAUGACGGUCAAAUAAAACUCUUAGGAGGUCUAUCUACAGAUUAGGUACUAUACUGUGCAUGACGCCAAGAUGCAAGCCUUGCUAGCAUGCGAAAUGACAUGAAGCAGCGUGUGUAAAUUCUCAC